CUUUAGGUGAUCCAGUUUCACAACUUCACAAAGUUGCAUUUCAAAUUAAGGAUACCAGCAUAUCUUCCUCGCCUUCAACCUCUCCGACAUUCCAACCACCAAAUAAUCAACAUCCCCCGGGACCUGGUACUUAUCUUGCUUGCCUAGGAGAUGUUGUAGGAAUGCAACGUGCAAAUGAAGGCCGAAAAAUCAUAACUCAACCAUCAACUGUAUCGAUUAAUACCAAUUUUUUGGACAUGAAGACUAAUUCUCCAAUAUCUUCCCAGAGCGACAUUUCAUCAGCAGUUGCAGCAGCUUGGGCAUCUGCAGCUACAGAUUUUUCUGUGGAUUCAAACCCACUGCCUGAAUCUGCUGUGGUUACCGCUGAAGGUGGGAAAGUUAUCCGAAAGCGACGUGUUUCCUCAUCGGUGGUGGUUAGGCCCACUACAACAUUAUCCAAAGCUGCAUUAACAAAAAACCGAAGAAGGGUAAAUAGUUUAAGUGGUGUAGCAAGUGAAGUUGAUCUUGCGAAAUUCGCCAGCGUCAGGAAUUCGGUUGGUCACCGGCACCAUGAUAACGCUGGUGCUUUAUGGACUGAAGAUGUAACUGAUGCUGCUGUCUGGACGAUUGUUGGAACUGACUGUGCAUCAUAUACGUUUUAUUCUCCACAAAAUGUAAUUUCUGGCUCAAUAAGCCCACCUCAUCAUCUUUCAUCAUUAUCUUUGCCUAUGCCAGUAACUCCAUUACCAAGUAUUUCAAACAUACUAAGCGCUACGUCAUCAACAUCCUGUUCAAUUCCUACAUCACAACAUCAGCAUUCGACAACACCAAACACUAUAACUAUAUAUGGUGAUAACUUUACUCGAGAUCUAAUUGUAUGGUUUGGAGAUAUCCCGAGUCCUAGAACAGAGUUUAGGUCGAAAGAUUGCCUGGUAUGUUGGUUACCAGAAGAGUUGAUGUAUGAAAUAGAGCAUAAUAAUAAUAUUAAGCGGGACAUUUCUGGUCUUCAAGGCCGUCAUUUUCAUUGGCUUUCGAACGGAAGAAUGAGCAUGAGUGGUCGACCAAUCCUAUUAAGUCGUGGUGAUGGUGUAGUGUUUAGGACUGGAAAAGUGUGGCCAUAA